UCUGGGCCCUUUUAAACAGCCAAGCACAUGCUACCAGCAACACUGCAUCUGAAGCCGGCGCACGGCAAGCUCACCUCACCUCGCCUCUGCAAGCCAAGCUCUAGCUGGUCCUGGAUCACGCUGACUCCGACGUCCUGUGAGGCGUAUCAGUGUUUGUGCAGAGGGGGUCUUGCUUGACUGGCGAUAGCUAGCCAUGCUUGUGAGGAGCUCCUCCACGCCGGUCCUCGGCGCGCUCCACCCGUCCGGCUGCCACUCGCCGGCGGUCUCCUCCCCGGCCGUCCACUUCGCCGAGUCGCCGGCGGCCGCCUACCACCCGCCGGCCAUCUCCUGCCACCUGGCCGGCGGCGGAUCCGACCACGAGCGCUUGCGCGGCCACGGUGCCGGCGGCAUGCGCCGCACCAGCUCGGAGGGCAACCUCGCCUCUCUGGCCGGCCGCGCAGACGACACCCACACCCACCUCCUCCCGCCGUCCGGCAAGUGCGCGCCGCGCGCCAGGACGGCAGCGCUCGAGACAAUCCAGUCGUUCACGGCCCGCAACGCCUCCACGGAGGACGGCGAGGAGGACGACGACGACUACGAGGUGGAGCGAGAGCUGAGCUUUGGGCAGUUCGACUUUGUCGGCAGCAGCACCUACUCCCAGGAGCACCCGCUGUUCCUGGCCAGGGGCCUCGGGAUCGAUCGCCUCUGCUCGGGCCUGCUGAGCGACGACGGCGGGGCCGGCGCCGGCGGAAUCGGUGGCGGCGGUAGUUACUUGGUGACGUCGGGUAACGGAGGGGAUCGCUCCGGCAUCGAGAUGCAUUACAAGAACAUGAUCGAGGAGGACCCUUGCAACGGCCUCUUCUUGAGGAACUAUGCACAGUUCCUUUACCAGGUCAAAGGGGAUUACCGGAGGGCAGAGGAGUACUACUCCCGAGCGAUUCUAGCCGACCCAGACGACGGGGAGCUGCUGUCGGAGUACGCCAAGCUGGUCUGGGACGUGCACCGCGACGAAGAGCGCGCCUCCAGCUACUUCGAACGGGCAGCCAAGGCUUCCCCGCAGGACAGCAACGUCCUCGCCGCGCACGCCGCGUUCCUGUGGGACACGGACGACGGCAAUGGGCCUGAAGAGAGCAGCAACGACGCGAUGGGCUACGCGGGGUUUGCUCCUUCUCGUUCGUCUCUGGCGUCGGCAACAACCUGAACAUCGUUUCCGUUGUUUCUGAAGCUACCAUGGUAGUAGUAAUGUGUGUUCGUUUCAGUAGGUUAGCUUUCCGAUAAUUCUAGUGUUAUGAGCUACUACAGCCUGUGUGUUAUGUACUGUUUUGACUUGUAGCAAUGAGCAAGCAGACUGCAGCCUGAGUUCUGUA